AUGUACGAGUCUCGACAUCUGGUUUGUUGCGAUACACCCAUCUACUACCAAUCCCGGCCAUGCCUUAUGACGGAUGGUGUGGCGCUGAUUAGCGGGAUCCCCCUGCUCUACACGGCCAUCGUAAUACGAGCAGACUGGACCGAACUGCCGUCCGUUCUCUAUAAGCAAUUAAUCGCUUUGGGAAUCGGGCUCAACGCGGUCGUCACGACUUGGAGCAACGCGUGGUUACUCAAAAAGUACCGCGACAUGCUCGUGGCAAGAUUCCACCUGAAACCAACCGCUGAAGUCGACCAUCCCCUCGUCGAACGGCCACGCCAACAAGAA